CUUGGCAUGCUCGCCUCCUCAGAGACAACCCAAGCCAGAUAUAUUUAAGAUCCAGCAGCAUUUGGGUGCUCUGUCCCCUAGUGACUCUUUAAAACGACGCCAUGAACUGGGCUUUCCUGCAGGGGCUCCUCAGCGGGGUCAACAAGUAUUCCACCGCGUUUGGCCGUGUCUGGCUGGCCAUCGUUUUCAUCUUCCGGCUGCUGGUCGUUCUUGUGGCCUGCGAGAAGGUGUGGGCGGACGAGCAGAAGGACUUUGACUGCAACACCCUCCAGCCCGGCUGCCACAACGUCUGCUACGACCAUUACUUCCCCAUCUCCUACACCAGACUCUGGGCCCUCCAGCUGAUCUUCGUCACCUGCCCCUCCCUUAUGGUGACCCUUCACGUGUCCUACAGGAAGGAGAGGGAACGAAAGCAUCGGCUGAGGCACGGAGAGGACUUCACGCCGCUGUAUAACAACACUGGGAAGAAACGGGGGGGUCUAUGGUGGACCUACCUCUUCAGUUUGAUGUUCAAGAUCACAGUAGAUGGCGUGUUUGUCUUCCUGCUGUACUACAUCUACGAGGCAGCUUUCUUCCCUGCAUCAGUCAAAUGCAGAGAGGAGCCAUGUCCCAACGUCGUGGACUGCUACAUUGCAAGGCCAACGGAGAAGAAAAUCUUCACUGUCUUCAUGGUGGUGACCAGCUUCGCGUGCAUGUUCCUCACUUUUUGCGAGGUGCUCUACCUGUGUGGGAAAAGAGUCGCAGAGCGCUGCAGAGGGGGACGCCGGCCCAUGAGGGAAAGCUCCAUCAUGAUGACCAGAGACCCCCUGACUGGAAUGGAAAAUUCUGUGUCCAGCAAGAUCAUCGUUAGUAACGGAGGGAAGGGCCGACCGAGCUCAGCCCCCCCGUAUGACACGGUUCCCAUCGCCAGUGAACAAAGCUUGAAAGUGAGGCUCAUGGAUUGGAAGUUUCUUGAGGGUCUUCUAAGUGGAGUCAAUAAGUACUCCACUGGCUUCGGGCGGAUCUGGCUGUCGGUGGUCUUUGUCUUUCGGGUGUUGGUCUUUGUGGUCGCCGCUGAGCGGGUCUGGAGCGAUGACCAGGGGGACUUUGAAUGCAACACCCGCCAACCAGGCUGCACCAACAUCUGCUAUGACCACCACUUCCCCAUCUCUCACACUCGCCUCUGGGCCCUUCAGCUCAUCUUCGUCACCUGCCCUUCCUUCAUGGUGGUACUGCACGUGGCCUAUCGGGAGAAGCGGGAGCACAAGCACCGCGAGAAGCACGGCAAGAGCGCCCAACUCUACCCCAACCCCGGCCAGAAGCACGGCGGCCUCUGGUGGACCUACCUGUUGAGUCUCUUCGCCAAAACCAGCUUUGAGAUCGCUUUUCUCUACCUGCUCAACCGUGUCUACGACAGCUUCAAGCUUCCCAGGAGAGUCCAGUGUGACUCCAGCCCCUGUCCAAACCGGGUGGACUGCUACGUAUCCCGCCCCACGGAGAAGACGGUUUUCUCUUACUUUAUGGUGGGUGCGUCUGUCCUGUGUGUGGUGCUCAACAUUUGUGAAAUCUUCUAUCUGAUAGCAACCAGGUUGAUAAAUCUCAAGCGUAAAGGCAGCAUCCACACCAUCAGGUCUAGAAAGGGCAAAAAUGACAUGAAAGGUGGUGGCUACCAGUACUCAGUUGGGUCAUAG